GAGUCCGCCCGUGCCUAUAAAACGGCCCACUGUCAUAUGGUAUAGAGCAUCAUAACACACGUUCACAAAGCCACACGCCGGCUAAAUCCACGGACGGGAGAUCGGAGUGAGAGAGAGAGAGAGUUAAGGCUCUUAGGAGAAAAACACAAACAUGGGCGGGUGGGCUAUAGCGGUGCACGGUGGUGCUGGUGUAGAUCCUAAUCUCCCACUCGAAUGCCAGGAGCAAGCCAAACAACUCCUUACUCGAUGCAUUAACCUUGGGAUCUCCGCCCUUCGUUCUAAUCUCUCUGCCAUUGAUGUUGUUGAACUCGUUGUCAGAGAGUUGGAAACUGAUCCCUUUUUCAACUCCGGGCGUGGAUCAGCCCUCACGGAGAAUGGGACGGUGGAGAUGGAAGCGAGCAUAAUGGAUGGGCCUAAAAGAAGAUGCGGCGCCGUUUCUGGUCUCACCACCGUUAAGAAUCCCAUCUCACUUGCUCGUCUCGUUAUGGAAAAGUCUCCUCAUUCCUAUAUCGGCUUCUCCGGUGCCGAAGCUUUUGCCCGUCAACAGGGCGCUGAGGUGGUGGACAAUGAGUACUUCAUCACAAAAGAAAAUGUAGGAAUGCUCAAGUUGGCAAAAGAAGCCAAAACCAUUCUGUUCGAUUACAGUAUCCCAGCCACCGGAUUGGAUAAGUGUAGCGCCGGUGUAGACAGCCCAAUUGUGAUGAACGGGCUACCUAUAAGCGUGUACGCGCCCGAGACUGUAGGGUGCGUGGUGGUAGAUAGCCAGGGCCGGUGUGCAGCCGCCACUUCGACAGGUGGCCUCAUGAACAAAAUGACCGGUCGCAUAGGUGACUCACCCCUGAUUGGUGCGGGGACCUAUGCUUGCGACCUUUGUGGGGUCUCAUGCACUGGAGAAGGGGAGGCAAUCAUACGCGGCACGUUGGCUCGCGAGGUGGCAGCUGUGAUGGAGUACAAGGGCCUGGGCCUUCAAGAGGCCAUGGACUUUGUGAUAAAGCAUCGGCUCGAUGAAGGGCACGCAGGGCUUAUAGCUGUGUCCAAAAGUGGAGAAGUGGCUUGUGGGUUCAAUACCACUGGGAUGUUUAGGGCUUGUGCCACUGAGGAUGGGUUCAUGGAAGUUGGGAUCUGGGAACAGUAGGAUCUUACUUUUCCUCUUAAUGAACUUGUUGGCUGUGGUAAUUAUUUAACUAUGGGGAACGUCUUCUUUUUUUCUUUUCUUUUUAGGAAUAAUUUGUAGUGUAAGUGCUAUGUACUAUGACGCUGUUAGCAGCUAUGUACUAUGAUGCCUGAUAUCGGAAAUAAAAGUGCCUGUGGAAGUUGCUAUGUA